GGUGUAUAAAUAUGCGGCGCAUGCGCAGGACGCGUGUUUGCGGCCAUGCAGGUGGUGCAGGUGUUGUGGACGCUGUGGACGCUGAGCAUCGCGGCCUGGACGCGCUCUGAACUUCUCUCAGAUGGGAGUGUGAGCGCUCAGGAGCCUCUGCGCUGUAGGUUCGGCUCCGUUCCGUGUAAAGAUGGCAGAGCGUGUGUGCUUCACCUCCAUGUGUGUGAUGGAGAGGUAGACUGUGCUGAUGGCUCUGAUGAAAGCGACUGUUCCUCAGAUUGCAGUGUGGGUAUGUUCCAGUGUGCUCAUGGUAAGAUGUGUAUUGAGAAGAAGCAGUUGUGUGAUGGAGUGGUCCAGUGCCAGGACAGAUCAGAUGAAGUAGGCUGCUUUAACCCGGACGAGGGCUGUUUUCACCGCUGUGAUAAAACACGCUGUGUUUCUAACUCCUUCAUGUGUGAUGGAGAAGCAGACUGUGAGGAUGGCAGCGAUGAAGCUGAUUGUGGUGAUGGGAGCUGCAGCAGUGCAGAAUUCCAGUGCAGCAGCGGUCAGUGUGUGUCCACCAGCAUGCGAUGUGACGGUUACCCAGACUGUCAGGAUCACUCUGAUGAGGACGGGUGUGUCUCCCAGCUGGACUGUGCUGCUGAUCAGCAUCGCUGUCUCAACAAGCAGCAGUGUGUGCUGAAGGAGUGGGUCUGUGAUGGAGACAACGACUGCAAGGACAUGUCAGAUGAACAGAACUGUACAGAGCCUGCAGUGCAGUGUGGAGAGUUUCAGUGGCCAUGUGCGUCUCGUACUCAGUGUGUUCCUCAGAGCUGGCGCUGUGACGCCACCAAAGACUGCAGAGACCAGAGUGAUGAAUCAGGAUGUAAGCUGGAGUCCUGUCCUCCUGAUCAGUACCAGUGUGAUAGUUUGGAGUGUGUGGACCCGUUGCUCCUCUGUAAUGGUAAAGCUGACUGUGAAGAUGAAUCAGAUGAGGGAGGAGCCUGUAAGAGCGCCACAUGUUCUGACCAGUCACGAUGUGCACACGACUGCUACAUCACACCUAAAGGAACUCGUUGCCUGUGCAGGAAAGGGUACGAGCCAGUAGAUGGAGGUGUGGAGUGUGUGGAUGUAGACGAGUGUGUGAAGACUCCAGAUGUGUGUGAUCACGCCUGUAAGAACUCGGACGGCUCGUACGACUGCUCCUGUAACCAGGGUUACGUCCUGGAGCCUGACAGACGCACCUGUACGCUUACAGGAGAGCUGAACCUGUUAGUCUCUAUACAGUCAGAUGUCUUCCUCUUCAGUCUUGGGAGCUCCAGCCUGGAGGUUCUCUCCUCUGAAACUCAGCCCGUGCUCUCCGUGGAUUACGAGUGGAAGGAGCAGAAGGUGUACUGGAUCAACUCUGAAGCCGAGUCUGUGAUGUGGACUACGCUGGACCAGAAGAACAGAGGAACGCUAAUCCGAGGUAUCAGGACUGAGUGUGUAGCAGUGGAUUGGGUGGCUCAGAACCUGUACUGGACCGACAGAGCAGAAGGUCAGAUCAAUGCUGUGAGGUUGGACGCUUCUAAGCCGGAGCCUGUGGUUAUUGUGGACAAUGAUGUAGACGAGCUGCGAUCGUUAGCUGUGCUGCCUCAGAAGGGGGUGAUGUUCUGGUCAGAAACGGGACCUGAGGCUCAGAUCGAGAGAGCAGGGAUGGAUGGAUCAAACAGAAGAGUGUUGGUGAGUCGCCCUGUGCUCUGGCCAGUGGGUUUAGCAGUGGAUCUGCUUCAGAACCGACUCUACUGGACUGAUGAGAAACUGCACUGUAUCGGAUCAGCCACACUGGAUGGAGAUGAUGUUAAGAUCCUGCAGCUGAUGAAGACUCUGAGUCCGUUCUCCAUAUCAGUGUUUGGAGAUUUGGUUUACUGGUCUGACACUCGAAGGGGGACCAUCCAGAAAGCUCAGAAGACGACCGGAAAGCAGCAACUGGUGCUGCUCAAACGGCUCGGCCAACCGUUCAGUAUCAAGGUGAUUCAUGCAUUACUGCAGCCGAGUGUGGAGAACCCGUGUGUGUUACAGAGAUGUUCUCACCUGUGUGUCCUCGCACCUGCACUGAAGGCAGUGUGUAAAUGUCCGUCUCCACUCCUGCUGGAUAGUGAUGGACAAACGUGUUCCAAACCAGAUGAUGAUGUUUCCUUUCUUCUGUUCAUGUCCCCUAAAUCAAUCUCUCAGGUGUAUGUAGACAGCAGGAAGUCUGGCAUUGGUCUUCAUGACUGGCCGGAGCAUCUGAGCUUUGAUCUCCCUGAAGCCAGAAGAGCCUCAGCGUUUGACCUGGUUCUGAACGAGCGGACUCUGUACGUCUGGGACUCGGCUGCCAGUUCUGUGGGUGUGUUUAAAAUGGAGAAGGCAUCAGUAAGGUGGUGUGAGACCCUGUUUAAGCUGAGGUGGGGCUCCAUAGCGGUGCUGGCGGUCGAUUUCAGCACGCUGAAUGUGUUCUGGAGUUCCAGAGAGCAACCUGGAGUGUACGUGACGUCAGAACAUGGAACACACACGGCCCUGAUCGUUGACCGAGGCACGGUGCGCUCCAUGGCGCUGCACCCUCAGACAGGCCGACUGUGCUUCACCAAUGCUGAGCUGCAGGGAGCAGGAACACGUCUGGAGUGCACCUACAUGGACGGAAGGAACCACACGAUGGUUUGGGAUGGAGCUGUUAAUCCAGUCUCUCUGAGCUUCUCGAGCGAUGGGAACAGGCUUUACUGGGCUGACACUAGUCUGGGUCUCAUCAGCUCCGUUAGAAUCGAUGGAUCUGAACUCAAAGUAUUAAGGAGUGAGGAACCUGUAGUGGCCUUCACUUUAGCCAACAAUGUCCUCGUCUGGAUCACAAAGACCGAUUCCACCAAGUGCUGGUUCAGUGAGGAUCAUCAGACAGCAGACAUGUGGUUUACAGUGAAGAAGGAAGUGCUGGACAUCAAGGCUUUCAGUCAGAACGGCACUAAUUUGUGCUCCAGUGGAAAUGGAGGGUGCAGUCAGCUGUGCUUGGCGUUCCCUGGUGGAAGGACCUGCCGCUGUGGGCGGGGUUUCCUGCCCACCAAUGAGACCGGCUGCGUCCCCGACUCGCGAUGCCCAUCGGGCACUAAGCCGUGUCUUCGUGGAGAGCAGUGUGUACCCCUGGAGCAGGUCUGUGAUGGUGAUCCGGACUGUGCUGAUGACUCCGAUGAGAUCUGUGUCCACGAUGAAGCUGAAGGUGUCAAACCAAAAGUUCAUCCCAGCUCUAUAUCUCUACUUCCACCAAGACCAGGAGCUUCUGAUGACCCUGGUUUAGAAAAGAACAUUGACUCCAGUGGUGGUCUGUCUCCAAAAUCCACUCCUCUGUAUGUUCCUGGUGUAGUGAACACUUCUAAAUCUCCUAAGCCUGACGUGAACGACAUUAAGGUGGAAAGUGUGGACUCGGAGUCGUGUGGGACGAGGAUGUGUAACGGGAAAGGAGAGUGUGUGCUGUUGGAUGGACAGAUGACGUGCGAGUGUGAGUUGGGGUACAGAGGAGACCACUGCGAGUAUGAGGUUGGAGGGAUGAUUCAGGGGCCGGUGAUCUACGCCACUGUGGGACUGGCUGUCGGGGUCCUCGUCCUCGGGGUGAUCGUGGGGAUCAUUCAGAAAAACAAAGCUGCAAAUCGCAGGCAGGCCCGGCCCAUCGUGAGGGAGACGAGUAUGAGGGAGCUGUCGAACAGAACCGAGACCACGUCCACGCAACACAACACCAAAUCCACAGAUCCAGAGAACCCGGAGGUCCGCUGAAGAUCGAGACGCGGCGAUUAUUCGACUGCUGUGUUUGUGUUUUAGCCUAGCGCUGAUUUCCUCUCCACCACAGGGGUUUAGAUCAUGUGCAGCUUCCUGUGCAGCCUCUUGCUAUGAAAUAAAGUUGCUGCUGUUUGA